CUCUCUCUCUCGGCAGUACAUCUGUUUCAGGACCCCCUCUCCCUCCUUUUCUUAUUCAAUAACUGUGUCCGGCUUGUUCCAUACAAGUGGAAUCCAAAUGAGUAAAAAAGAGGUCUCGAAGAUCCAGAAUUCGGUUCUUAAAGUGUACAUACACUGUGAUGGCUGUGACCGGGAUGUGAAGAAGGCCUUGGGGAAAAUUGCUGGGGUUCUCACCGUCAAAGUAGAUAAAGAACAGAACAAAGUGACCGUUUCCGGGACCGCAGCCCCAGAUCUGCUCAUCGAGAGGCUAAAAAAGUUGGGCAAACAUGCAGAGCUUUUGAAUGCUUAGAAGUCCAACAAGAGCAACCCCCCGUCCGUGGACAUUCAUAUUGACGAUGGCAAAGGUGGCAACAAGGACCGAAAGGAGGGCGGCGGCGGUGUCGGACUGACCUUUAUGUUUAAUCAAUAACUGCUCCAUAAUGACUUUUAGUAGAGAUACCUGCAUAACUACAAGCUGAAUUUAUCGGUAUUAAUAGUAAUCAAUAACUGCUCCCUCCCUCCCUCCUGUCAAUCUGAUCUCAGUUUGUAUGAAGUGGGUACGUGAGAAAUUGCAGAACGCUGGGAAAGAAUUUCCUAGUCCUUGUUAAAUGCUA